CCUUUAAGGCCGCGCCCACUCCGGGUAGGGGCUCCCCGAGCCGCGGUUUCGGCGCAUGCGCAUUGAUCGGGCGGAGUAGGCCGCAGCCCCCCGCUUGCUUCCCCUCCGCGCCCGGCGCCCCCCGGCCCUGCGCCCGCCGCCGCGAUGAUGAUGAUGGCGCUGAGCAAAACCUUCGGGCAGAAGCCCGUCAAGUUCCAGCUGGAGGAGGACGGCGAGUUCUACAUGAUCGGGUCCGAGGUGGGGAACUACCUACGAAUGUUUCGUGGCUCCCUAUACAAGAGGUAUCCCUCCCUCUGGAGGCGACUAGCCACAGUAGAAGAGAGGAAGAAAAUAGUUGCAUCUUCACAUGAGUCUCAGCGGAGUCACAGCCCCAGAAGAUAUCAUGGUUAUACGACACUAGCCACUAGUGUGACUCUCUUGAAAGCCUCUGAAGUGGAAGAGAUCUUGGAUGGAAAUGAUGAGAAAUACAAGGCAGUGUCUAUCAGCACAGAGCCUCCCACCUACCUCAGAGAGCAGAAAGCAAAAAGGAAUAACCAGUGGGUGCCAACCCUACCCAACAGCUCUCAUCACCUCGAUGCUGUGCCAUGCUCAACAACCAUCAACAGAAACCGCAUGGGCAGGGAUAAGAAGAGAACCUUCCCGCUCUGUUUUGAUGACCAUGACCCGGCAGUGAUCCAUGAGAAUGCAUCCCAGCCAGAGGUUCUGGUUCCAAUCCGAUUGGACAUGGAAAUCGAUGGGCAGAAACUCAGAGAUGCUUUUACGUGGAACAUGAAUGAAAAGCUAAUGACCCCAGAAAUGUUCUCGGAGAUUCUCUGUGAUGACCUGGAUUUGAAUCCUCUGACCUUUGUUCCUGCCAUUGCCUCUGCAAUUCGACAACAGAUUGAGUCUUAUCCAACUGACAGUAUCCUAGAGGACCAAUCAGAUCAACGAGUUAUUAUUAAGCUAAAUAUCCACGUGGGGAACAUUUCCCUGGUAGACCAGUUUGAAUGGGACAUGUCGGAGAAGGAGAACUCCCCGGAGAAGUUUGCACUGAAGCUGUGUUCAGAGCUUGGGCUGGGUGGCGAAUUUGUCACCACCAUCGCUUACAGCAUUCGGGGACAGCUGAGCUGGCAUCAGAAGACUUAUGCCUUCAGUGAGAACCCUCUGCCAACUGUAGAGAUCGCCAUUCGCAACACAGGUGAUGCUGACCAGUGGUGCCCUCUGCUCGAAACCCUGACGGACGCGGAGAUGGAGAAGAAGAUCCGAGACCAAGACAGAAACACAAGGUGCUGCCCGUUCAUACAGUUUUCAUUCUGGCCCCUCUCUAGGAUAGAAUUUUUAAAAGCUUUGAUGUUUUAUUUUUCUCUGCUGAGAGCCAGCUGGCAGGAUUUCAGAUCAAUACACCAGAAAGAGGAUUUCUCUCUCCUUUUGCUUCAGGAUAUUAAACUGUUAUCACAUCACUCUGCAAGUGUCUUAACAUUUUCAUUUUGACCAUCUCCUGCUCAAAGCUCGCUCCUCUCUAGUGCAGUAAUAUCUGGGGUCUCGAAGAGUCUUAAGACUAAAUGCCACAUGCUGCCUAGCAUCCUGACAAAGCUUCCCUUUUAUGCGUGGAGAUGCACUGUUUGAAGUAGGAGUGACGUUCCAAACCCCAGCCUGGUUAACUGCACUUCUGCCUAUUGGCUGGCACAGGUAGGAACACUGUUGUGAUUACAAGAGCAGCUUUUUCCCCUGUAGGGGGAGACCUACAAAGCAGCACUGCAGGGUCAGCUUAAGCUGUUCAAACCUGUAUGGAUGUGAAGUGAAAUCUGCCUGGUUUAUCUCCCCAAGAUACUGUAGAUAAUAAAACUGAGAGAUUCUAGUGGUUCAAGCAACAGCCAUGGAUUGCUCAAAACUAUGGAGUCCCUGCCAUUGGUAUCUGAUAAACAAACCGUCUCCCAGUUAUUUAAUACUCAAUUUGGUAAGACUGUGACAUUCUGAUACUCAGGAGCUGUAAGCUCUUGCAGUAAAGCUGAACUGUCAGUGGCUGAUGGAUGUUGAAACACAAUUCAGGCUGAAAGAACACAUGGAAAUGAGUAGCCAGGUUUCUCAGCAAUGGCAGAAAUGCCAUACACUCUUCAGGAGCUGGGCAGAUAACAAUGUGGUUCAAGUCAUUAGUACAACCAGGCUAGGGUAUUAACUAGCAAAUAAGUUUGUCUACCAGCCCCUAUGACUGUGCAGUAACUUGCCCUUUAGCAUCUGGGAGGGCUGUGUGCUGCCAUUCCAGGCAGAUCUACUAAAACAUAAUUUCCCAAUCACUUACUGUGCCUUUUUCUCCCUCACUUCCUACAGGCGCAUGAGACGUUUGGCCAACACUGCUCCAGCCUGGUAACCCUCCCUGAUAUGACAGUGGUAUUCAUCCUACGGACUCUGUCUCCACUCCACUCCUCUCCCCCAAAAGGACCUAGGAGAUUGGCAGGGGUUUGUCUUGAAUCUUUUUGGCCCAGAAUGAGGACAUACAUUCCACUUGCCAAGCAGUUCAGGGUACUGCUGACUCCCACCCCUGCCCCCACCUUAAUGCCAUGGGCCGAGAACGUUCCAUUAGCACGUUAUCCAUCCGAGACCUGUGGCAGCUGUCAGAGCCCUCAUGUACCUGUGUGUGGACUGAGUAAAGAUUUUUUUUUUUUUUUUUUUUUUUUUUGGUAUACGUGCAAGGUGCACUGUUAAGACAACUUUUAAAAUAAAAGGAAUGCAUAAUG